AGUAAUACAUUAGCCUGAGACGGAAGAAGAAACGUCAACCAAUGUGUUUAGCGUGAACGUGAGGAUAACUUUCACUGUUGUAAGACUCGGCUUUGUAUUCUUCCAUCGAGCUCCGUUUGCAGUGUCCCCUCGGGCCCCGACUCCAAGAUGUUCAACAGACAGACGAGCCUGUGGAUGGGUGAUUUGGACCCAUACAUGGACGAGAACUUCAUCAAGCAGGCCUUUAGUGCUAUGGGAGAGUCGCCGUUUGGAGUCAAGAUCAUCACUCACAGGAUCACGGGUGGUUCUGCAGGAUACUGCUUUGUGGAGCUGGCAGACGAGGCAAGUGUUGACCGCUGUGUCCAAAGGCUCAACGGAAAACUGGUUCCAGGAUCAAAUCCGCCCCGGAAGUUUAAGCUAAACUAUGCCACCUACGGCAAACGGCCAGAGGCAGGGCCGGAGUUUUCAGUGUUUGUAGGCGACUUGGCCUCUGAGGUUGACGACUUCCAGCUGCACCAAGUUUUUAAGAAGUACCCGUCCUGCAAAGGAGCCAAAGUCGUCACCGACCAGUACGGAUACUCCAGAGGCUACGGCUUCGUCAAGUUCGCGGAUGAGAGCGAGCAGAAGAAGGCGAUCGAGGAGUGCCAGGGAACAAUGCUCGGCGGAAAGCCGCUCAGACUCAGCAUUGCUGUAGCAAAGAGCCAAAAGAUGAGCAGCUACCAUGGCAACCAGGGCCAAAAUUACCACGGCAACUACAAUCAGUCUCAGUCUAACUACUAUGGCAGCCAGAGCGCCGGGGGUCAGGGGGGUUACUACUCUCAGUGGGGUGGCUACGACCAGUACAGUGGCUAUAACAACAGUGGCUAUAACAGUGGAUACAACAGCGGAUACAACAGUGGCUACAACUAUGGGCCCUAUGGAUAUCCUCCACCAGGACACAUGGUGCCACCACCGCCCGUGGGGGUGCCACCCGUGUCCACGGACAUGUCAGGAGCUGCAGAGCAGAGCCACGAGGAGACCGAGGACAUAGAUGAGGAUAAUGCAGAAGAGGCCGUCCUCAAGUGUGACGUGGACCAGUGGAACAACGACUUCAUGCAGCGCAGCGAGGAGCUCUACGACGCCAUGAUGGCCUGUCAGUGGGAAACUCUGGACUCCCCCGUCCCCUCCCUCCCUUGAUAGCUUCUGCUGUCUCUCCUCUGAUCUAAAGCCACACGGACGCCUUGUAAAGGCCACUUCAGUUUUCUGUACUUCCCCUCAGCCUGACUAAAGACUGACUACACAGAGAUUUACUUCCUGUUCCACUUCAAAUAUUCAAAGUGCAUAAUAAUUCGCUAGAUUUUAAUGUUUACCAUGUUGGUAAUAUACAGAAGGUGGAUCUAUAUUUAGGGAGGUUACUGUGCUGUCUUUACUGUUUAGUAUGAACUCUUAAGUUUAGGAAAGUGCUGGAGGUUGCCUCCUUUGUUGUCGACUGCCACACUAGGUGAAGUAUGGCAAACUGGAUGCUGUGUCAAUAUGUCACCAUUUAAUUGUCACUGAGGAACAAACACAACCUGUCAUUCAAUGAUUUUUGGAUCUGAAUAUGACCCUAUCUCUUCAGGAAGAGGUUGUCACCUGAAGACAGACUAUAGAUACUUAGCUUGUCCCCAUAGGGAAACUAAAGAAAAACUUGCCUUUAUUGUCAAUUGCCAUUUACUAUAGACAAUAGAUUUUUUUUUAAAUGUGUAUAUAUACAAGAUAUCACUGUCGUGUCCUGUUCAUAUUCAAUGAAGGAAUUUUACUUGGAAUUGUUUGUUUUCUCCAUUUUUCAGAUUAAAUGAACAUUAUCUUGCUAGUGUGGAAGAAAUGAGGACAGAUGAUGCUAUUGAGUUGACUCAACAAUAACCAACCAGAAGUUUAAUGUAAGACUGUUUCUAAGACGAGAGGUUUUCUUGUCUUUUUUCUGUGAUAACAGAUGAAUGGUACAACCUCUCAGAAACUAAUGAUUUGUGAGCUAGAAGGCUGAUUUGCUGUCACAGAGGUUUUGUAUGUUUUCUUUCUGAAGACAUUCUAUGAAAAAACAAAUGUUGGAGGAAAAUGGUCUUCCGUCUACUUUUUUGUAGGGAAAUAAAGACUGAAGUGUUUCUCUUAAA